AUGCAAAAUCAUUCUAAGAUUCAUUAUAUUAUCAGCCUCCUUCUGAUAUAUUAUCUUGUGAAGAGUAUAUUAACUGCUACAAUUGAUAACGAAUUGAUAGGAACACCAAUGGUAGAUUGUGGAGAUACAGUAGUAUCGCUAACAUUCCGAACCAGAAAACCAUUUACUGGACGUGUGUAUGUCCGAGGAUUAGCUGAUGAUGACCGAUGCUCCAGGAAUUUCGCAUCAAAUGUCGAUCAGAAUAAAUUUUCAAUGUUGAUUAAGAAUGGUGAUUGUACCAUGCAACGACAGCGAGUUACCGGCUCUUUGGAGGGUAUUAUGUUUUCUCUUACAAUCGUCGUAUCAUUUCACGGGACAUUUGUAACACGAGCUGAUCGCGCAUAUCGUUGCAUGUGUUUUUUCCGAAAUAUUAAACGGCUAACAUCCGGUGUAGACAUGUCGUCAAUUGGUACUACCGAACUAAUGGAUACGGUACAAGUGCCUACUUGCACGUACAGUAUCCAUUCAGGAAGCGCAGAUGGACCACCAGCUGUUUACGGUCAAGUGGGUGAGAAAAUUUACCACGUUUGGGAAUGUGAUGAUGAUACACAAGGCUUUUUAGUACAUUCAUGCUUUGUUAAUGAUGGACGAGGAACACGUUUUGAUUUGCUUGAUUUGGAUGGAUGCACUAUUGAUCCGGUUAUUCAACCUGAUGUGCGGUACGAUGCAGACAUGAGAAGAGCAGUGGUUGAAACAUGGGGGUAUAAAUUCAGUGAUACUUCGAUCCUAAACUAUCAGUGUGUCGUUGAAUUAUGUAAGAAAAGUGCUGGUGAAUGUGAAGGUCUUACUCCACCAACAUGCAUUAAUAAUAACCGAUUUCGGCGCAGUAUAGCUGACAACAAUUCUAAUAUGGUACUGGAAGAGAAUACGCAUAUUACAUCACCCGAUUUACGUAGUAGCAGCCAUCAGAUGGAUGUAGUUGCUACAAUUAGCAUGUUUGACAACAUUGAUGAAAAUAAAGUAUCUGAUUCUCGAUCACAAUAUUUAGUUCAUGGAGUUAGUCAGUCUAAAUAUGGAUCAAAUAGUGGAAUGGCAAUAGCAUUGAUAGCAUCACAGAGAAUAUGCCUAACUUAUUCGGUUCUUGGUAUACUCCUUUUUGCCACUUCAUUUCUAUUUACCACUUUAUCAACCACUGUAUUUUUCUUGUGCAGGAUAAAGAGGUAA